AUGCUCGGCGUUCUUGCCCUGGCAGUUGCUGCCUUUGCACUCACUUCAUAUCUCAUCAUUCGACCCAUCAUCUACUACUUUUACGAUGCCAAGGGUAUUCGGAAAUACCCCAACUACUCGCCCCUGUCACCACUGACGGACCUGAGGCACUGCUAUCUCAGUGCCCAGGGGUUCAGGUCUAAGGAGCUAUACGAAACUCACAAAAACACUGGCUUUCCUAUCUUGAGAACAGGCCCCAAUGCAUUGUCCUUUGGAGACACUGGAGCAAUCAAGGACAUAUACGGACAUAGCACCAAAUGCGUCAAAGAUAACAAUUACGUUGUCCUGAGUGGGACUCAUCGCCACCUCUUUGAUGUAGUGGAUAAGCCGGAGCAUGCGCGCAAACGCAAGCUACUUUCUGCAGCAUUCGCUAUCAAGAACCUCGAAAAGUGGGAGUUCAAAGUCGCUUACACGGCUGAAAGACUCUUCAAAGCGUUUGACGAAAAAUGCACCGACCCUCUCAAGGGUACCAUCCCUAGUCCCGAGGACCUUACCAUCGACUUCAAUCACUGGAUCAAUCUUUGGACUAUCGAGGCAAUCAACUACAUCACUCUCUCAACUCGGAUGGAUCUUCUAGAUACCGGAACAGAUAUUGUCACAGCAGAGAAGCGCGAUGGCACUACAUACAAAGCCCGCUACCGUCACUCCAUGAACCAAGGCGCCAUUGCACAGGCGGUUUUCGUGUGGGACUACAAUCUUUGGCCAUGGGUCGAGUGGCUAUCGAAGACAAUCCCCAGCCGAUGGCAAAAAAUGUGGAAAGACUUUGAGCCAUGGGAUGAUUGCUACUACCAUGCCGCCGCCGAGAGACUGCGCCGAUAUUUAGCCGGGGAGCAACUCGACGAUUUCUUCACGUGCAUGAUGGAAGAUAAGACUGGAAGCCCGAACAACCUCGACUGGGGCGAGAUUGUGGCGGAAGUCGGCGCUAUUAUCAACGCUGGAUCGGAUACGACAGCCAUCGCCUUGACGCACAUUCUUGAGCUUCUGAUCAAGCAUCCGCAGCAUAUGAAGAGGCUUCGCGAGGAGAUUGAUAGCGUACUAGAAUCUGACGAGGUCAUCGCGCCCUAUGACAAAGUCAAAGAUUUACCGUUUCUGCGUGCUUGCAUCGACGAAGCGCUUCGCAUUAUCCCGCCAACAUCCGCGCCUCUUCCACGUCGAACCCCACCGGAGGGAGCUCGGAUUUUGAAUGAGUGGAUUCCAGGCGACAUAAGUGUAUCGAUGACAAUAUACGGCGCUCACAGAGACCCAAUGAUCUUUCCCGACCCUGAAGUUUUCAAGCCCGAGAGAUGGCUUCAUCCCGAAGAGAGAAAGCGGAUGGAACCGUACUUCAUCCCAUUUUCAACCGGGGCUAGGGGUUGCAUCGGAAGGAACAUUUCCUACUUGGAACAAACCAUGGUCCUAGCCUCGCUUGUUCACAGGUACGAGUUCGCUCUUCCCACUCCUGACUUUCAGUUGGAAAGGCAUGAGGCUUUCAACAUCAUUUGUGGGGCUUUACCGGUCAAAAUCUGGCGGAGAAAACUGGAAUGA